AAUUUUUAAACAAAAUGUCGGUCAUGCGUGUUUCAAGGGGUACGUGCUUUAUCAACAAGCAUACAUAAUUUAGCAUCUUCUGACGCCAUUGCCGUUUGUAAUCAUUUUUUUCGUGUUUUUUGGAAUCCUGUGUUUGUCUGCGUACAGUGCCAGAUCUUGCGGAUCCAAGGGUACGAGGACUUGGCGAUAAUCGCUGAUCUAAUCUAGGGCCGAGGUAGCCAUGAAGCGGGAAGCUGAUGGUGAGAUGGGAUCACCGCAGAAACGUUCACGACGAGGUGACGAGGAAGUUCGCUUACUUAUUCCAAGCAAGGUUGCCGGUUCCAUUAUUGGUAAGGGUGGCCAAAAUAUAACGAAGUUGAGGAGUCAGUACAAAGCCUCGAUAACUGUCCCUGAUUGCCCGGGCCCUGAACGGAUGUUGACGCUCUCCUCGGACCUCGACACCAUCUGCAACAUCGUCACCGACGUCGUUCCCAACUUGGAAGAGAACGGAGGCAGAGUGAACGGAAAUGAAUUGGAUUUGCGUAUGAUGAUCCACCAGAGCCAAGCCGGAUGCGUGAUCGGAAAAGCCGGCUACAAAAUCAAAGAACUGAGAGAGAAAACCGGUGCCCGCAUCAAGAUCUUCUCGAAUGCGGCCCCCCAGAGCACCGACCGAAUAAUCCAGAUCGUCGGCGAGCCGUCGAAAUGCGUCGAUAGCAUCCGCGAGAUCAUCACCCUCAUCAAAUCGAAUCCAAUUAAAGGAAUUGUAAAUCCUUACGAUCCGCACAAUUACGACGAUUAUUAUGCUGAAGAGUACGGCGGUUGGGGAAGUGCCGGCAACGAACGGAGAGGCGGCGCGAGUGGGGGCGGCAGCGGCGGUGGCGGCGGCUCGACCAACGUCGGGAAUGGCGGACCACGUGGCGGCAAUCGAAACGGGUACCGGGACGGAGCCCCGGCACGGUACAACAGGGGGCCCCCGACGCAGCGCGGGGGAUCCACCACCAUAAGUUUCAACGACCGGCCUGUAGGGAACAGCAUAUCCCAACGCAGCGAUUACAACAGUAACGGCCUUAACGGCGUUAAUCGUCCUCCUCCUUUCGAAAGAAAUGGUUGGGCACCUCCCACAAAUACCACUUCAAUGAUAAACCAUCCACCACCAACUAUGAUGGCCAGUAAUGGAAUAAGUCAACCCCCUAUGCAAUCGGGGGGAAUGGGGCCGCAAAACGGGGGCCCCACCGGGAGCAAAACGACGACACAAGUGACAAUACCCAAAGAUUUGGCGGGGGCUAUAAUCGGCAAGGGCGGGGGCAGGAUCCGCAAGAUCCGGCAGGACUCCGGCGCCGGGAUCACGAUCGACGAACCCCUUCCCGGGUCCAAUGAUCGCAUAAUCACCAUCUCGGGUACACCGAACCAGAUCCAGAUGGCGCAGUACUUACUCCAGCAAAGUGUCCACAACAACGCAGACCGCAGCAGUUACUAAUCUCAUGCCCUGCCAGAAGAUCCGCAACUGAAACAUUUAUUUCGAACAUUCCAAGAAUAGCUUCGCGGGCAUUAUUUGAGACAUACAUCACGAAAUUUUCUUAUUGUAUUUAUAUUUUUACAAUUUUUGAGAAGAAUCAAAGUAUUUUUGUUACAUUUUGUAUGAGUAUAUUGUGAAUUGGACGCAUGGUGUUGUAUAAACCAUGCGUUUAAUAUUAUUUUAUAUAUUUAUAGCAAUUAUACAUUUAACCCAACUUGAUGUAUAGUACUAACCAACGAUGCGUUUGCAUUUUUGUGCAUCAGGGAACAAUUCAGUACAAAUUAGGUUUUUGUUCAAUUUCAUUUUACAUUGUUCCAUGAUCGAAUUGCAAAUAUACAACCAAAUAUUUUUAUAGUUUUAGGUUCUUAUAAUCAGUGGAUAAGAAAUAAAUGUCUGAUCAAUAAAACAUUUCAAGUAAAA